GCAACAGGAACAACAGGAACGAUCAGGAUCAGGAAGAUCGAGAACGCUACGUCACUAACUCAUGACAUUGCAAUACAUCUAUGGUCAUUAAAAGCUGAAUAGAAGCAAGAGACAGUGAAAUUUAAACCAUACUGAUGAUCAACUGUAAUCUUUGAUUCAAAUUUUCUGCUACAAGUCCGUAACAAUUACUUUCUAGGUUAUAUCGUUCAAAGUCGUCAAAGUAGUUUGUUAUAAAAUUGCACAAUAGUUACAUUGAUCGGAAUGAUUUCGUACAGGCGAGGAUUGUUAUCACUUAUCAGGUGUAAUCAUCCCAGAAUUCUGUGCAAUGGAGGUCAGCACCAGAAGCAUACACUUCCUGAUCUGCCAUAUGAUUAUAAUGCGCUGGAACCAAUUAUUAGUGCUGAGAUCAUGAAGCUCCAUCACUCAAAACAUCAUGCUGCUUAUGUGAACAACCUCAAUAUUGCAGAGGAGAAGUUGAAGGAAGCACAAGCAAAGAACUGUGUAAGCACGAUCAUCAGCCUGGGCCCUGCACUGAAGUUCAAUGGUGGAGGCCACAUCAACCACACAAUCUUCUGGCAAAACCUGUCUCCUACUGGAGGAAGCCCAUCAAGUGAAUUGGAAGAGGCUAUUAAAAAGGAUUUUGGCUCACUUGACAACUUGAAAGCACAGCUGUCAGCAGUAUCUGUUGGAGUGCAGGGAUCUGGUUGGGGUUGGUUGGGCUACAACAAACAGACAAAGCGACUUCAGUUAGCAUCCUGUGCAAAUCAGGACCCAUUGGAAGCAACAACAGGUCUUGUACCUCUCUUUGGCAUUGACGUUUGGGAACAUGCAUACUAUUUGCAGUAUAAAAAUGUGCGACCUGAUUACGUGAAGGCAAUUUUCGAUGUUGUUAAUUGGAAGGAUGUUUCAGAGAGGUUUGCCAAAGCAAAGUCUGGAUAAGAUGGUUGCUCAUUAUAUCUGCGUUCCUGAUGGAUUUAUCCUAUGGAUAGUUAUAUGCUUUCUAGUAACUUUAUGGUAAAGGAAAGUAAUUGACAUACUUGUGUCACAGAUUAAGCCAUUGUUCUGUUUUUCUGUAUAUGCUCUUGUAAACUACUUUCCUAAUGUGCUGUGUAGUGCCUUCCUUAAUGUGACACCUUUAAUUUCAUUUCAGAUGAAAUAAUGGUUUCUGGUAGUAUCAAUAUUUUCUUAUUCUAAAUAUGAAAACAUACUCAUGACAUUGAAAGCACAGAAGAAUAUCAGAUAUUUAACUGCUGUUUAAUUACAUUUUGUUUCACUUUUUGAAUUAGAGUGCUCUACUUGCCUCUUCUGUAAUAUUACAAAGACUGUCACAGGAUUUUAGUAAUUUGAUACAAUACCAUAUUGAAAGUAUUUUGGUAUUGGUAUAAAAAAAAUAAUAUUGUCUUAUCAUUUCUAUUGAUUCUCUGUCCAUUUCUGUAUGACAUUCAGGGAUUAGAGACCCAGUCUUUCUUGCCUGUUUCUGAUGUAACGCGUCAGACUUUUUAUAUAUAAUCACAUUUCUUUUAAAUCUAGCACAUUUUAAGAUUUGCCUUGAUCAGUGAAAUAUCUUAUACAAUUAUGUGUGAUACCAGUGUGGAAAUUCAUGUUAAUAGCCAUUCCUGUCUACCAUAAUCGUGUUAAUUCAUGGACAGAGAAUUUUCAUAUAUCAUGUAAAAUGAGGAAAGGUGAAGUUAUUCAUAAAGAACAUACUGUCAUGCUAUAUAGAGAUGCAAAGUUCUGAUGCAUGAAAAUGCAUGGAGCUUUACCUCCAUUCCUCUAUGAAGUGUGUGGUUCUAGUCACAAGAAUAACUUCAUAACAAAGAAAGCUGAAAUUAUUUGUGAUAAAAUCAGUGAAUAUAACAUUAUAUUUAUAAUAUUAUGUGGCAAGACAUUAUUAUUUUUUCUAUCAAAACCAUGUAUGAAGGCAGCACUGUAAACUUACCUUUGAAAUAAUAUAUGUUAAAUCUAGUGAAUGUAAUGAUAUUGAAAAACAUUGGUGUCUCUAGUUCAUGCCCAGGUUGAUGUUGUCUCUGGUCCCUUGAAUAUUAAAACAUAUACAAAAAUGGAUGUAUACAACUUUUUAGUUGCAGUUUUUAUUACAGUACUGUAAACAUUUCAAGCAAUAUACAGGUUUAUGAACUGUUCCACCUUUUUCUACUAAUGAGUAGUGGCUAUGGAAUUUGAGUAUGAGCAUAUUGUCUACCUCAUCAUAUUGAAUUAAAAUUCUGUGAAGAUUGUAAGGAUAUUUUCCAGAAAUGUUUCCUGUAGGAGAAGAGAACCAGUUACAUAGAAACAUUUCCUGCAUGAAGUAUUAAGAUAUCUCUGCCAAGGGAUCAGAAUGCUGCUAAUUGCUAUGGUGUAGCAAUAGGAAUUUUAACAUGUGUGGUUUAAUAAUUUCUCUUCUAUUCGUUGCAAAAGGUAAUUGUCACUUAAGGCUGUGCAAUUUGUAUGUGGGUUGAGGAUGCUGCUGUAUGACAGAAAUCAUCGACGUCUUUCACUUAAAUACUAUAUGAGUUCAUGGCAGCUGCACCACAUUACAAGUCAGUAUAUAUCUGAAAAAAUGUCAAAAUUGUAUCUAUGCUCAUGGGGAGUGACUUCAAAUUAAAUUUGUAUUGAAUUUAAUUGUAAAUUGUGAUAUGUUCAUAUGGUUUUAGAAGACAGAAUUUGCAUGUUAUUGUACUGUAAGGCUUUAGUAUGCAUUCUGACUUGAUGUAAAAUUGUAACAUCUGUUUUUUUGGAAAAGUUCAUAUGUGUUUAUACACUGAGGAAAACUUGCCAAAUGACUGCAGUACCCAGAAACAUAAUUGAAAAAUAUAGGUCUGUAUAACACUAUGUUGUAAGCAUGCCCCAGUGUGUGAUUAUCUCAGAGCUGCUAGCAACACCAUUCUGUUGAAUUCUUUUUAAAUCAGAGGUGUUUUGACAAGUGUACUUUAGGAUUACAUAUAUUAUUUGGCCAUAUAUUGCA